AUGUCUAUAUUCACUAGUGGAGGAUUUUCAGGCUAUGGCUAUAGUAAUAGCUCUCCAGACAGGUAUACAGUUGGACUUAAUUUCCCAGAUAUCGGGUCAAGUAGUAGACACGAUGAUUCGAAAGUAUUGAAUGAGAUAACAGAAUCGGUGAGAGAGGUCAAUAGAGGAUUACCUCAAUGGAAAAUCUCCCGAUUACCAACUCAUACGUACGGAGAAACACCCACAUGCGGGUGGUGGUGGGAAAAGAAAAAGAGGUUUGUCGCAGAUGAUUCGCAGUGUUCGAUAUGCCUAGUCGACUAUGAGAAUGGAGAUAAAAUAGCCACUUUGACACCUUGUAAAUGUAAUCAUAUCUACCACAAAGACUGCAUUUCAGAGUGGUUGAAGAAAAGCACGGUAUGUUGUGUGUGCAAACGCCAGGUCCGCUGUUAA